AUGGCGCGCGCCGCAGCGUUCACCUUGUGCAUGUGCGUGCUCGGGUUGGGCGCCUUCGCGCCCGACUUCUCUCGUCAGGGGGUACUCUUCGCUCAGGCGGUGAGUGACGCGAAGGCCGCGACCGCCGCAAAGCCUGCCGAAACGGCCAAGGGCGACACUGAGAGUCGCCAGGAGCGGAUGCUGAAGUACGCCGAGCAGCGCGCAGAAAACGCGGAGGCGGAGUUGAAGCAGUUCAAGGAAACCCACGAGACGUCGGUUCGCGCGUGCAGCGAGGCGACUCAGCGCAAGCAGAAGGAGCUCGAGAUCUGCCAGGGGCAGGCGGAGUCCCUGCGCACCAUGUUCAACAGCUCGCAGAGCGCGAAAGCCGAAAUGGAGAAGAAGGUCAGGGAGUUAGAAGCCAAGCAGGCAGUCGCGAGCUCCGAGGGCAACGACAAGAAGGUGGAGACGUACCGUGCGGCCGCGGAGAAAGCCGAGAAGAAGGCGCAGGAGUUGAGCCAGCAGCAGAAGGCCCUCGAGACCCAGCUGGAGGCGACCCUGAAGGAGCACGACGCGAGCAAGAAGGAGGCGGCCGCGCUGCUUGCGCAGCUCCGCUCGCUGGAGGCCGCGGUCGAGGCGCGGAAGGCGGACGCCGCGAGCGCCCAGCAGAAGGCAGCUGUGCACCACAUCUUCUCGCUCGCCUCGCUCAAGGCGACGCUGAGCUCCGUCGGCCUGCUGUACAUGUCGGUCGGCGAGCACCUCGUCGCGCACGUGCCGCAGGACGUCUGGGACAAGCUGAGUCUCCUCAGGCUUGAGGCUGCGACGGUCGCUGCGCCCUACGUGGAGAUGGCCAGUGAGAAGGUUUGGCAGCCUCUCGCGCCAGCCGUCGGUCUGGCGACGAACUUCUUCUGGACGACUGUGUAUCCGCUCGCGGCGGCUGGCGUGAGUAGGGGCCUGCAGGGCGUCGCCUCGCUGACCGACGACUUUGUACCCAGCGUCAACGGCCGCGUGGAUGCCGCCCUCGAGCCACUCUUCAAGACGCACCCCUCUGUCGAGGCCCUCGUGCCUCCUCACCUCGCUGACCGCCUCGGGCUUCUCGUCUUUUUGGUCGGGGUGACCUACUUCCUCGCGCUUCUCACCUUCCGCUUCUUCCUCUGCCCCAUCCUCACCUGCGUCUGCCCCUGCUGCUGCAAGCGCCGCAGCCGCAAGAGCAAAAACGCGAAAAAGUUCCAGCCUGCACAGAGCGCCACCGUGCACAAGGACAGGAAGGGACAGCCGCAGAGCCCCGCGCGUCCCUUCGCCCUCUCCGGCGCAGACUACAAGAAACCCAAGGCCUGA